CCGGUGGGCGUGAAGGUGGGCGGCGUCCGGCGUCCCCACGUGUCCUGGAGAGGAGAAGCAGGCGACCCGUGAAGGGCCAGCGGGGAAGUCACCGCCUCAGGAUGUCGGCGAUCCUCAAAGUUUCUGAGAUUCCGUCUCUCCCCCUCGCGAUCCUGCGGGGCGUGCCUCUGAAGUGACCUGGGCUGAGCGUCCCCACGGUGAGCCGGGGCGCGAAGGGUUAACGUACCUGGGCCGCCACCCCUGCGGCCCCGCCUCCAGCCGGGAAAAGAAAGUCUCAACGGGGGCGCUGCCCGGCCCGGUCCCGCUGUCUCCAGCCACGGCGCUCAGAGCUGUGAUCCGUGCGCUCCGCUCAGCCAUCCUGGACCGGGCGGCCAUGUCUAUGUGGAAGAAAACCCUCUACCGGAGCGUGUGCCUGGCUCUGGCCCUCCUAUUGGCUAUCACCGUUUUCCAGCGCAGUGUGACCCCUGGCCAGUUUCUUGAGGAUCCUCUCCCACCCACACUGGAGCCACCCAAAACUGGAAAUGGGGUCAAUUCCAACAGCUUCUGGAAGAGCUCAAAGGAUACAGCGGCUCCCUCCCCCGUAGCCCCUCGGGGACCCCAAACCUGGGAUGUGAUUAGCUCUAACUGUUCCGCCAAUGACAACCUGACCCAUCAGCCCUGGUUCCAGGGUCUCGAGCCGCACUUCCGGCAGUUUCUGGCCUAUCGCCACUGCCGCUUUUUCCCCAUGUUGCUGAACCACCCGGAGAAGUGCAAAGGCGAUGUCUACCUGUUGGUGGUCAUCAAGUCAGUCAUCACGCAGCACGACCGCCGGGAGGUCAUCCGUCAGACCUGGGGUCGGGAGUCCGAGUCAGCAGGUCCGGGCAGGGGUGCUGUGCGUACCCUCUUCCUGCUGGGCACAGCCUCCAAGCAAGAGGAACGGACUCACUAUCAGCAGCUGCUGGCCUAUGAGGACCGCCUCUACGGUGACAUUUUACAGUGGGACUUCCUUGACAGCUUCUUCAACCUGACGCUCAAGGAGAUCCAUUUCCUUAAGUGGCUUGACAUUUAUUGUCCCAAUGUCCCCUUCAUCUUCAAAGGGGACGAUGACGUCUUCGUCAACCCCACCAACCUGCUCGAGUUUCUGUCUGACCGCCAGCCCCAGGAAAACCUAUUUGUAGGUGAUGUCCUGAAGCAUGCUCGGCCCAUCCGCAGAAAAGAGAACAAAUAUUACAUCCCCACCGUCAUGUACAGCAAGGCCACCUACCCACCCUAUGCUGGCGGAGGGGGUUUCCUCAUGUCUGGCGUUCUGGCUCGGCAUCUCCACCAUGCCUGUGACGCAGUGGAGCUCUUCCCGAUUGAUGACGUCUUCCUGGGCAUGUGUCUGGAGGUGCUGGGGGUGCAACCGACCGGCCACGAGGGCUUCAAGACCUUUGGCAUCUCUCGGGUCCGAAGCAGCCGGAUGAACAAGGAGCCCUGCUUCUACCGUGCCAUGAUUGUGGUGCACAAGCUGCUACCUCCCGAGCUGCUGGCCAUGUGGGACCUGGUGCACAGCAAUCUCACCUGUUCCCUCAAGUUCCAGGUGCUCUGAUCUGGCUGGGACGCCAGCGCAUUUGCCCUCAAGUCCUUGGGGGUCCUGGGGCUGGAGCUACAGUACAUGGCAUAGUCUUUGGUCCCGUGUGGGAGAGGUGAAGGAAGGGUCUGGGCCUUCUGUGCCCCUGGGUGUGGUGUGGUACCGAGAGCCAGAGAGGAACUUCCUUGACCAAAGGUCAUCUGAGGACCUGGAUCCCUCCUAGCCUAGGCCUGUAGCCUGGCCCCUCUAUCCUGGUAGGAGACCCUGGUGGCCUCUGCAGGGACAUUUGCUCAGGUACCUGGGUUAGGCCUGGCCCCCGUGGGUCUGUGGCUGCCUCUUGUCAUCACAGGGAAAUCUCUUCCUGUGAAGUACCCCGGCUCCCUGAGGGCCGGGCAGCAUCUGUGGGAGCUCCACCCUGUGCUGGUCCACAGGUGUCCCCUGGUCCACACCCCUGGGUCUCCCUUUCAGCACAGCCCCAGGCUUGCCUGGAGUCUGCUCCAAACGUGACUCCUGGCUCUGUCUCCUGUCCAGAAGCCUGCCUGAUUGGCCACUCUGACUACCUCAGCAUGCCUCUAAACCUCAGUGUGGGCUCCAGCCCCACCCUCCACCCCGACAGGGGGCCAAAGAGCAGUGCUCCUGACCCCCCCCAAGGCACAGUGAUACCUGACCACAGCCCAAGCCAGGUCUCACCCUUGCACCUCACUGAUACUGACUUCCUGGCCAGAAACUGGCCUGUUUGGCCUUACACGUUGACAUUCUUCUAUUACUGUGAAGUUGUAUUUAUGAGGAAUUGGAAGGAGAUCAUUCCAGGCCUUGGGAGGUGGUAGAACCCCCCCCCCCCCAGUCUCUUUCUACACUCCCCUUCAGCAGUCUUGUUCACCGCCUACACCUCUACCAUUUACCCCUUGUCUUUCUGUCCCACUCUGAGCUCUCCCCACUGACGGCCCCUGCUUGUCUGGGGCCUGCACAGAUUACCUUUCCUGUGAAAGAUUGCCACCUCCCACCUCGGACUGGGGUUACCUGGGAAAGAUGGAGGCAUCAUUAGUUUCUCAAUAAAACUGGACUGGUUGCUGAAGGUGUCUGAGCUAGUUGGUUCCUUGGUCUUGGCUAAAAGGUGUUUAAGACCUCUAGAGGGACCCUAGAGGAAGGGGGGCUGCUGAUGAGGGAAGCCUGCACUCUUCGGGGGACCAGUGGAUGGCAGAGGCCUUGGUGUAGGUUUAGAUUUGCCAAGGUCAAGGCAAG